ACUCUGACGGCUUUCUUUUCCGAGUUGUUGGUGGUGGCAAUGCAGCGUCGGCUGUCGUGGCAGUGCGCGUGCGUUGGUACCAGCAGCACCUUUCGUGACAGCCUGAUGCAUGCUCAAUCUGCCUCGUGCCUCCUCCAUCUUCCGUGUCCAAACACGAAUCGGCCGCAAAACUCUUCGUGAUCCUCGCCCUCCACCAAACGCAUUUCCUUUCGUUCAUCUGUGGUAUAUGCCUCUGCCAACGGUUAUUGUGCGCAUCUACGAACCAUCACCUGCCGGAUGGCUUCCAGGACGGAGAUGGAUAGAAAACGACUCCAGCACGAUGACCAUGCCGAGACAAGCUCCUCUUACCCGACAAAGCGGCAGAGGACUUUGACUAACGACCUGGGCAACACUAUCCACGAGCCGCAAAACGGAUCGCCUUCGCACGAUGAUUACACCAUCGCCUGGAUCUGCGCGCUGCAUAUAGAGAUGGCAGCAGCCCGUGCCAUGUUAGACGAGAUUCACGAAGACCUGCCUCGAUAUGCGAACGACAGUAACACCUACAUGCUUGGCAGCAUCAAGAAACAUAAUAUCGUCAUCGCGUGCUUGCCAACAGCACAGUAUGGAACGAAUAACGCGGUGAACGUAUUGACCCAUUUGAUCCGGACCUUUCCGUCAAUUCGCCUGGGUUUGAUGGUGGGAAUCGGAGGCGGGGUACCGAGCAUGGCCGAUACACGUCUGGGCGACAUCGUAGUGGGAACGAGGGUGAUGCAGUGUGAUCUAGGGAAGAUUAUCGGGGAUGGACAGAUCUGGCGGACAGCAACUCCAAGGAUUCUUCAACAUCAGGUUGGCACACUUGUGUCCACUUUGCGUUCAACACAUGAGCUGGAGCCCAGUCAAGUCCCAUCCAUCCUGGAGGAGAGGCUCGAGGAAUACCCUGAGUACGGUCGACCGAGCUUACCAGAUUACCUCUUCCAUGCCUCGUAUGAUCAUGUAUCUUCAACGCCAAGCUGCGACGGAUGCGACGACUCGAAGCUAGUUCCACGAACAAGGCGGGUGUCGGGCGAUCCGCUGAUCCAUUACGGUGCUAUCGCCUCAGGGAACCAAGUCAUGAGAAGCGGCACUGCCCGGGACGAUAUUGCUCGAGAACUGGAUGUUAUAUGUUUCGAAAUGGAGGCUGCUGGCCUGAUGGAUAUUCUACCUUGCCUUCCAAUUCGGGGCAUCUGCGACUACUCGGAUUCUCAAAAAAGCAAAGAAUGGCAGAGGUACGCAGCAGCAACUGCCGCUGCAUACGCCAGAGAACUACUGUCGGCACUCCCUGUAGCUAAAACACAGACAAAAGCUACCAACGUGUCUAAUGCUCAUCGAGACUCAUCGAACGAUCACCGGCGGCGCCUAUUAGAUUCUCUCAAGUUUGAUCAAAUUGACGCUCGCAAAUCAACUAUCAAGCUCCCUCACUUCAAAACCUGCAGAUGGUUCCUCAACCACCCCGACUAUCAAGCAUGGCUUGAUCCCGGAAAGUUAGAGCUGCAUCAUGGUUUUUUGUGGAUUAGUGGCAAGCCAGGUGCUGGCAAAUCGACUAUAAUGAAGUUCAUAUACUCGAGCAUGAUUAAAAAAGACCGUCCCCGGUGUGCUGUCACUGCUUCCUUUUUCUUUAACACUCGGGGCGACUACUUGGAAAAGUCUAUCUUGGGCAUGUAUCGAUCAUUGUUGCACCAACUGCUCGAGCGGUACCCCGAUCUCCAAGCAGUUUUAGACAAUCCGGACCUUACUCCCCAUAGUCAGGAUGGCUGCCCUUCUUUAGGUGUUCUCAAGGACCUUUUUCGCAAUGCAGUUUCCUCUCUCGGUCAGCGCUCAUUUACUUGUUUUAUCGAUGCUCUCGAUGAGUGUGACGAGCAACAAGUUGUGGAUAUGGUUCAAUACUUUGAGGAGCUGGUAGAGCAGGCCACGGAGGGCACCCUGCUCCGAGUCUGUUUCUCUAGUCGACAUUAUCCCUACAUCAUGCUACGACAUGGGAUCCGGCUGACACUGGAAGAUCAGUCAGGUCACGCUGAAGACUUAGAAACCUACAUUGGAAGCCGCCUCCGAAUCGAUGAUGGUGCACUUGUCGAAGUGCUGCAAUCCCACCUUCUUGAGAAAGCUGCUGGAGUUUUCCUAUGGGUUGUCCUCGUUGUGGAAAUUCUCAAUAAGGAAUACCGACGUGGUCGACCGGCUUUAUGGACGAGACUAGCAGAAAUCCCCAGCAGCUUGAGCGACCUCUUCAAGGACAGCUUGAGGCGCGACAAUGACAACAUGGAAGACCUGCUGCUUUGCAUCCUCUGGAUCCUUUACUCAGAGCGGCCUCUACAACCGAAAGAGUUUUACCAUGCUCUCUGGUCUGGGCUGUCGCCCAAUGAAAUGGUCGAUUCAGGGAUUCCAAGUACUACCGUUGAGAGAUAUGUCAUUAGCUCCUCAAAAGGGCUGGCUGAGAUUACAAAAUCUAAGCAGCAGCCAACGGUUCAAUUCAUCCAUGAGUCCGUCCGAGACUUCCUUAUCAAGGACAAGGGUCUCCAUGAGCUUUGGCCGGAUCUUGGAUUUGACUGGGAGACUCCAAGUCAUGAGAGGCUCAAGCAAUGCUGCAGCGCCUACAUAGAUAAGCACCUAGCGCGCAUUUCUACGGUUAACUCCGACGAACAAGGGGGAAUCUCAAAGCAAUUCCCAUUUUUAGAGUAUGCCAGCUGUCAUAUGCUCUACCACGCCGACGCCGCGGCGAGUGCGAUUCCUCAGGAUGAAUUUUUAACCAAGUUCUCCACUUCUGACUGGAUCACUAUCAUCAAUCGCUUUGAAAGGUACAAGGCUCGCCAAUACACCCCCGAUGCAAGUCUUCUCUAUAUUCUCGCAGACAAGGGAUUCGCGGAGCUCAUCCGCACAAGGCCAAAGAAACACCUGUGCGCUUAUAUUCCGAGAGAGAGAUACAGGUAUCCAUUGUUUGCUGCUUUGGCCAACGGCCACAAGCAUGCAGUUGCUGCACUCCUAGAUCUGUCUUCAAGAUUCUACAAUGGGGUAGACAUUGCAGAAGGUCUGACGUGUAGGAAAGACUUCACGGACUAUAAAGAUCGAACCCCGCUAUCUUGGGCUGCUCAGAAUGGCCGAACAGGCAUCAUUGAGCUGCUUCUCCAGAACAGAAUGGCCGUCAUGGAGGCGGAUAGGGGGGGCCGACGGCCACUCUCACGAGCCUCAGAAAAUGGUCAUGAAGCCACAGCCAGGCUUCUCAUCGAGAAGGGAGCAGACGUCAAUGCAAGCGAUAAGGAUGGCAAAACACCACUCUAUCGGGCCUCAGUUCAGGGUCACGAAGCCACAGCCAGGCUUCUCAUCGAGAAGGGAGCAGACAUUAAUGCAAGCGAUUCCUUUGACCGAACGCCACUCUCCUGGGCCUCAGAGAAGGGUUACGAAGCCACGGCCAGGCUUCUUCUUGAGAAGGGAGCAGACGUUAAUGCAAGCGAUUCUUUUGGCCAAACGCCACUCUACUGGGCCUCGCGGAAUGGUCAUGAAGCCACGGCCAGGCUUCUUCUUGAGAAGGGAGCAGACGUUAAUGCAGGCGAUAACAGUGGCCAAACGCCAGUCUACUGGGCCUCGCGGAAUGGUCAUGAAGCCACGGCAAGGCUUCUUCUUGAGAAGGGAGCAGACGUUAAUGCAAGCGAUUCUUUUGGCCAAACGCCACUCUACUGGGCCUCGCGGAAUGGUCAUGAAGCCACGGCCAGGCUUCUCAUCGAGAAGGGAGCAGACAUUAAUGCAAGCGAUUCCUUUGACCGAACGCCACUCUCCUGGGCCUCAGAGAAGGGUUACGAAGCCACGGCCAGGCUUCUUCUUGAGAAGGGAGCAGACGUCAAUGCAAGCGAUCCGGCCGGCCAAACGCCACUCUACUGGGCCUCGUGGAAUGGUCAUGAAGCCACGGCCAGGCUUCUUCUUGAGAAGGGAGCAGACAUUAAUGCAGGCGAUCAGGCUGGCCAAACGCCACUCUACUGGGCCUCGCGGAAUGGUCAUGAAGCCAUGGUCAGGCUUCUUCUCGAGAAGGGAGCAGACGUCAAUACAAGCGACAACAACGGCCAAACGCCACUCUACUGGGCCUCGCAGAAUGGCCAUGAAGCCACGGUCAGGCUUCUCAUCGAGAAGGGAGCGCAGUUACAGCUCACCUAAUUCCGGCUUCCAGUAACAUUGAACAAGAGGAUACAAUCAGGUGUUGCAGGAUCAACGGUUGUUAUUAGCUACCCCUUUGCAUCAGUAAUAAAGUUCUACGAAGUCAUGGCCAGA